AUGAAGACUCUAUUUUGGAAUAUCAGGUUUGUGAAUUCACAGCAAGCUUUUCAUAGAGUGCAAAUGUUACAUAGGCAUCAUAAAUUCUCCAUCAUUGCUUUGAUGGAACCAUUUCUGCAUGUUAGAAACAUUCAAGGAUUUAGAAGCAGAUUGGGCAUGAGGUAUGCACAUCAUAACUGCAAUGGUAAAAUAUGGUUCUUUAGAAAUGAUAAUAUAGAUGUAGAGGUGAUUCAGGAUACAGAUCAACAGAUUACAGUUAAGCUAAAUUUUCAGGAGGAUAAUAAGAUUCUUAUGACUACUAUGAUUUAUGCAAAGUGUGAAUCAUUGGAAAGAAUUAGUCUUUGGCAUAACUUGUAUAACCUGGCUGAUCAAAUGGAAGUGCCCUGGCUUGUGGGAGGGGAUUUCAAUGUCAUUAUGCAUGAAGAUGAGAAAAUAGGGGGUCUGCCAGUUUAUCCAGAUGAGUAUGAAGAUUUUGCAUUCUGUGUGAACUCAAGUGAACUAUUUGAAGUUUCUUUUAAAGGGAUCUUAUUCACAUGGUGGAAUGGUAGAACUGGUAGAUAUUGUAUUUUUAAAAGGUUGGACAGAAUGCUCACUAAGUCAAAACUACAGGAUUGGAUUGGUCACAUGAAAAGUAAAGCUACUUUUGGGGAUAUCUUCAAGCAACUGGUAGUAAGGGAAGAUAUUGUGAGAGGUAAAGAACAACUUUUUGAAGAUGAUCCUCCUCCCGCAAACAGGAUGGUUCUCCAACUAGCACAAGCAGAAUUAAAGAUGUAUAUGCAUUAUGAGGAGGAGUUCUGGAGACAGAAAUCUCAUUUGACUUGCUUUUCUGAGGGGGAUAGGAAUACAAGUUUUUCAACAAUAGGGUAA